AUCUGACCCAGGGAUUGUAGUAGGUCUUUACUGGUGCUGACACGAUGAGAAUCUUCCUGUGUUGUAAAAUUUCCAAGACUGUUGGCUGUGAAGUAGGGUCAGAACUCAACAGUUUCUGUCUCUACAAAGGGAGAGCUUUCGAAAGUUUAAAUGUUACAUUUUGAUGAUCUCGGGAUACUUCAAGCACCUUAGCUAAUCCGGCACCUUGUUUUUUUUAAAAGAAAUGAAAAAUGCUGGAAAUAAACAGUCUCUGUGGAGAGAAACGUGAUGCUUCAUUUGGUUUUGGACGUACUGUCAAUGUGAUAUCGUAGGAAAUCCAGCAGACAAUUUGUGCGCGCACGUGUAAUCACAAAUGCUAAUCUGACAAUGACCAGAUGAUAAAGACUCAGUGUGAUGAUUCCAGAAUCUGUGUUCUUGAAUUAAUCAGAAACUGAAUCAAUCUGAGAGGAUACUUAUGGCAGCAGAAAGUAUUAUCCAGUCCAAACAGACUACAGAAACUGUUCAUGGAAUCCUUACUGAGGUUGUGUGCACAGUGUUCAGUGAUUACAUCUUUGUGGUGGUUACACAGUAUGGCAAAAUGGGAACAUUGAUCUCUCUUGUGCCACAUUGUGUGGCAAAUGAUGUCAGCAAACCCACAUUUAGCACAAAGGUCCUGAUGGGAAAGGAUGAGCCUCUAAUCCAUGUUUAUGCAAAGCACCUUGUGACUUUUGUGUCUGAGGAGUCUGGAAACAAACCAGUACUACUUGCCUUGGCCCUCAAAAAUGCAAAUGUGGAGACUAUUAAGUCUAUCAAAAAAUUGAUUCAGAGUUGCCGACUCUGGUGAAACUUACUAGUUAGCAGGGUUGAGACUAAUUAAUGUUUGCAAAAUCCACUGUGACUUCUCCAUUCAUGGGCAAAAAUGUCACAACACACUCUAACUCGAGUGCGAAUCUUACUGAACGGAACUAAGUACUGUGUAUAUUUGAUGCACUGCCAUUGGACUGGAAAGCUAGCGUUUGUACUUAAUUGAGGAACAUCAUCGCAACAUAUUUCAAGACUGCACAUAGUCCCAUGGCAGUAGAUACCUGAUGUUAAUUGAAAGUAAAUUGGGACGCUGGUAUAGGAAGAAUGGCUGACCAGACUUUACGUUCUGUUCUUCAAUGUACAGAGGCAAACAAUUAAUGGAACAUUUGGAAAUGUAUUGGAAUAAAAGUUUUUUUUUCAUGAAA